GGUAGAUCCUCCACCCUUUAGAGAGAUCUUCCUUUCCUUCUCCUCGGGGGUCUUCUUCCCUUCUUUCUUUCUUCCGACUUGCUCUUGAGUUCUCCCUACUUUUUCUUUAGGACUGGUCCCUCUCUUCUAUGAGACUCUAAGGGAAGCAGAUAUCCUGUUCUGUAUACACCCCCCCCCCAUUAUUGAUUUUGGUGAGUGGGGGAAAGGUAGGUACCAUAAAUAGAAGGAUUCGUACUCUCCCUUUCUCCUCACAAAACCCACAUCGGUAGCGCUAAUCGGGCUUGGAGAUGGAGGUGGCCGAUUUAAACUGAUAUUGGGAGCCCAGUGCUAACUCUACCAAGUCUUUGGGCGAAUAAUCAGCUUGGAUUCAUCUGCCAGGAUGUUUUGGCAUUGCUUGGCACCGGCUGUGCCUGCUGGGUAGGUGCUCCUAAUCUUGGAUCCUUUCUUAAAACCAUCCUUACCUAUAACUGUGCUUUGGAUAACUUUGCUGCUCUGUGGAAUGUUACUUCAGGAUUGCUGCCUGCCCCUGUCGAAGAUGUCGUUGCUGUCUUUUUCUUUGUGAGCCUUUCAGGCAGGGGUAUGUUCUGCCAGGCACAUCCUUACGGAGAUCUUGGGUUUGUAAUGCUCACGGUUUUAAUUGGAUCACUGCCUGCCACUGCCAGUUGACUUUGUCAUCUUGAUAGGUGGCCCAAAGACCUCCCUUGUCUCCUGGACAUUACAGUGGCAUCCUUCUACAGGAUGAGAGCCCAAGGUGCAUGGUGGCACCAACUGCACCUUGCUGUGAAAUUUAGGUGCAGGGAUGAGAGUUGAGAACAGAGAUAUUGGAAUACCAACCAAGCAGGCAAACUUCCCAAAGCAUCUGGUUGGCUAAGUUGGAAAUGAAAACUGAGAAGAAAAUACAUAAUCACAAAUUUAAGAAAAUCUGAGCGCUCCACUUUCCAACUGCUGCUUCCAAACAAAAAACCAGGCAUCCUUAUCAGGAACUCAUUGCUAUUUCCCUAAAGGUUUUUAAAUAUUGCUACAUGCACCACAUUUCAGUAAGUUAUUUUUUUUGGAAUUUGUGUGAAAUGUUGAUGUAUUAACCAGUAUAUAUUCUUUGAAAACCAGGAUAACCUUUUUUCUGCAUUUCUUAAUCUUUUUCAUCCUUUCCUUAGUAAUAGAGAGAGGUGGGAUUUGUUUUGUUUUAUGUUUUACCCUUUGGGUCAGUGUUGAUUCCUGGCAACUGCCCUACAGAGACAAAUCCCUGCAUUUUUCUGGACAGUAUUUCAAAAUGUCUUGCCAAUGCCUGCUUCCUGUGGCUGAGAGAAAGUGACUGGCACAAGUUCACCUGCUAGUUUUGCCCCUAAAUUAGGACUAAAACUCAUAAUCUUUCCAUUUCUAGCCUUAUGCUUUAACCACUUCACCAAACAGCCUCAUAGUAAUAGGAGUAGGAGAAGUAGUGGUUUGAUUAAUUAAGAAAUUAUAACUUUACAAGUUAUAGUAUAUAUAAUGUCUCUUGCCUCAUUCUGAAGACCAGAUUUCCCAUAUCUGAACCUUGCAAAUGCACUGGUUUACGAAGCAUAUCAGAGCCAAGAUAAUUAUUGGGUUGGCAUCUUAGUUAGAAUAUUGGACUUACUGGGGCUUUGUCCUGACCCAUCAUUGCUGUUCUUACAUUCUUAUGUGUUAACGCAUCUGGAAGGUGCCAAAUUGAAGAAGGCUUGUUGGAAUUGAUUAAUACUCAUCAUGUUAGCCUGCCCAAGCCUAGUCUAUUCAGAUCUCUUGUUUUGCAUCUCUUCUGUUAUAGUUGACAUGAAAUUUACACAUCUGUUAUAUGGUCCAGAUUUUAAAGGGCAAAAUCUGACUAAAAUGGACAGAGAUGAUAAGGAUUAAGAUAAUGUUUAUUAAAUACAGAAAAUACAUAGGUAUUAUUUAGAGUUUGAUCAGGAGUCUUGAUGUUUGUAGUGUUCGUAAAUGUUUUGUUCAGCUGUUAGGUGCACAGAUUUCCCAGAAUUCUGCUGAAUAACAUUGCUAAGGGAAGUGAAACAAGGCAAGAUCAGUUAUUUUGCUACCAGCUAAAAUAGUUUGCUGCUACACAGAAUGCAUGUUUCCAGAUCUAGUGUGUCCAGUAGGCCUUUAAUAAUUAAGUAUGCAUAGGAUUGCAGUCUUGCUAGCCCUAUCAAUUGGGACUGCAAACUUUACAUAUCACCAAAGAAACAAUAGAUUGCAGUUUUGUAGCCUAAUCCUGUGCUUUUUCAUUCAAAGAUAAAUUGACAUUUAAGCUGAGAAAAUCAGGUUUUGAAAUGUAACACCCAAAAUAUAAAAUGAAAUAGCAGAGUUGGAUUUAUUGCCAAAUCAAGUGUUCCUUAGAUUGUAAUCAUAAAGGUAUUUAGCUGGAGUAAUCUCCCUGAAGAGAAUAAUAUCUACUUCUAACUAGACAUGCACAGUCUUGGGAUGUUACUGGAUUAAUGGCUGAAAAGUUUAAUUAACAAGGCAUAAAACACCAUCCAAAUUACCCUGCUAAACAUCAUUAGCAGAUUAGGUACUCUUAAACGGCCUGGAUUUAAAUACAAAAAAUGCUAAAUACAAAUGAAAAAUAGUUCUGAAAGCCUCUGUAAGGCAAAAUUUAUUAAUUCUGUAUUUAAUUCCGCUCUGCCCCAAAGAGAACAAUUGAGCAGAAUAUUUUAAGCUAUAUAUCCUCUGGUGAUGACAUAACUUGUCAUGCCACCAUUGACAGCAAGGAAAGAAAAUACUCACUUCUGCUCUGAGCCAUAACUUGAUGCAGUUUUGGUUUGAUGAAUAAAGUACAAUUGGCUGAGAUCACCACUCUUAAGCCAAGUCCAAACAAUAUUAUUAUGGCUUAUUUGUGUGAGAUAUGUAUUCAGUCUGAGAAUCUAUCCAAUCAUCAUGUAGCAUUUUCUUCACCCAUUCCAAAAUACACCUGUAUUAAGAUGCUAAUUUCAUUCACUUAAACUGCUUAAUUUUGGAUAUUUGAAUGUCAGCCACAACUGUUCAGCUUGUUGACAUGGCUAUUUAAUUAAAAUUUAACAGUUCUACUCUUGAAAAGUUUGGGCUGUUUCUAUAUGGUUAUUUUUUUUAAAAAAAACUUAUUAACAAAUCAUUACAUUGCAUAAGUUAAUUGCUGCAGUUGCUUUUUUUUUUUUACAGACUUGGUACUGUGCCCCAAGGAAAUCAGUCAUAUACUCAUACAAAACUCAUGGAGCUGCAGAGACAUCCCAAAUCUAUAAGGGAUCCUCAUAAAUUAUCAGAAACAUUGGAUUGCCUGCAAGAAUCCAAAAGCAAUGUGGGACAGCACAUCAAGCUAAACUUGGGAGUUGAGGGAGAGGAUGUCCAUUCUUCACCUCCUAAACUCUCUCGGCCACCAGCACCUUCUCCUAGCGGCACCCUUGUUCAGAGUUUAAAUGGCUUACCAGGAGCAGACAGGCAGGUACAUGCUCCAGGUGUGACCACAACAGGCCUCGACCAAGGAGAAACCUCUAGACUAGGGCAUUACCUGUUGAUUGACAGUCAGGGGCUGCCAUACACUGUACUGGUGGAAGAGGGAGUGGGGACAGCAGGGGGCCCUGAAGGAGGUGGGACUGGGGGCACCUUGCGCAAGGUAUACAGCUGCCCUGUGUGCUUGCGAACAUUCGAGUACCUGUCUUACCUGCAACGCCACAGCAUUACUCAUUCAGAAAGCAAGCCCCACAUCUGUCGAGCAUGUGGCAAAGCUUUCAAGCGCACUUCCCACUUGGAGCGCCAUAAGUACACCCAUUCGGGCCGGAAGCCUCAUCAGUGCCCCAUCUGUCAGCGCCGUUUCCGUGACUCUGGGGAGCUCUCCCAUCACCAGCGGGUGCACACUGGCGAGCGGCCCUACCAGUGUGAAGCGUGCCACAUGCGCUUCGGGGAACGCAACACCCUCCAGAGGCAUAUCCGCCGGAAGCAUCGCCUGCAGCUCCUCCCCACACCGUGAAGAUUGGUCUUUGUGGCGACUUAAUUUGGCCUGAAGACCUAUCUAGGAAAGUGUGGUCCAGGCUCUGCUAACUUCCAUGCAUGCAAUGGUAAUUCUAGCUUGCUUAAAUCUGCCUGGGCUUUUUUGAUCCGACAUUUCCACAUCAGUCAACACAAUUGCAACUAUUUUGUUCCAUAGGAAAAACUGGAGUGGAGAAUUUCUACCCAGUGUGCUAAAAAUUAGCAGGCAUGCUGAAAGCAGCUUGCCAAGAUUUGGCAUGGACCUCUUCUACUUUCUCUUGCCAAUGAGGACCUGGUAUGAUAUUUUAUAGAUACUAGAGUGUAUCAUGCCUAUAUAUUCCUCCCCACCCCCCAGUCAGGAAGAUCCUUUCCUUCUGCUUUGUUCCCAAGCAUCAUUGUUACUAUUGUCCAUAUAGGCAGUGCACACCUAGCAUGGAUACAAUGGCUGAACAUCACUUCUCUACUACAUGCAGCAUAGUGUGGUUGCAUUUAGCCUGGCUAUAGUGUUCUGGCAGGAGCCGUUUCUCGUGCCAGGCCUAAAUGGCAGGGGGGACUCCAACAGGCACUGUGUAGAUUUACCCAUACUGCAUAAACACUGCCUUUAUUAUCUAUGCCCCAAAGGCCUGUUUAUCAGAUAGACCAACACUGCAUGCUUAUUAAUAAUGCAUCUGUAGACCUGGUAUUGAAGUCUACCGCCCGUAAGCCUGAAAUAGGCCUCCCUUUCCAUAUAUUGCUUGACCCACAAAUAGCCUGGUGGAAAACUAGGGCCUUCCUCUCCAUUCUAGAGUUUGUAUCAAGAGUCCCAACUGGUGUGGUAAGAGAUGCCAAAUUGGGCAGCUAGGAGGAUAUCCUUUUCUUCUGCAUAGGAUUUCAAAGAUAACAGAGGUUUUGUCCAAGUGAAUGAUAAAAGAGGCUGGGGGAAAUGUUAACUAAAUUUCAUAGUUCCUGGAAAACAAGGAUCUGGCUCCAUGAUAAUGUGUAAGUAAAAAAAAGUGAGGGAAGGUGUUCUCUUAGAGUCCCUUGGGUGCUGCUUUUGGAAUAACUGAAAUUAGGAGGAAUUAGGAUGAUGUUUGGUUAUUGAGCCUCCCUCCACUGUUCCUCUCAAAAUUCAAGCACAGUUUUAAGACAUCUCUACUUUUUUUUUACAAGCAUAAAAACCCAGUGUGGGAAUUGGGGCAGAAAGGAUAAAAUGUGGGAUAUUCCUUUACUGUCAGACAUGAGCACUCUCUUAUUUUGAAAUCCCCAAUUGUUUUCCAGCUAAAAUUGGUAUUUCAGAAUCCCUUCCCAAAGAUUUUUAGUUCACGCUUCAAAUAGUUUAGGUAGCCCUCAACGAUCACAAUUGAGCCCAAAAUUUAUGUGGUCAAGUGAGACAUUUGUUAAGUGAGUUUUGUCCUCAUUU